GUUUGAUAGUGGGCAAUGCCCGUACGCCGGUGUCUCCCUGGUUGCGCAAGACGCCAUUUUGGAGUGACAGCGAAAGAUAAGGAAAAGAUCGAGAAGCUGUGUUUCUAAAGCUUUGUCACCAUGGGGAAUGUAUUUGCAAGCUUAUUCAAGGGCCUAUUUGGCAAAAAAGAGAUGAGGAUUCUUAUGGUCGGGCUUGAUGCUGCUGGAAAAACAACCAUCCUAUAUAAACUGAAACUUGGAGAGAUAGUCACCACUAUUCCCACCAUUGGUUUUAAUGUUGAAACUGUAGAAUACAAGAACAUCAGCUUCACAGUGUGGGAUGUGGGCGGUCAGGACAAAAUCAGGCCGCUGUGGCGCCACUACUUCCAGAACACUCAAGGGCUCAUCUUUGUGGUGGACAGCAAUGACAGGGAGAGAGUGAACGAGGCGAGGGAGGAGCUGUCCAGAAUGCUCGCCGAGGACGAGCUCAGAGACGCCGUGCUGCUCGUUUUUGCAAAUAAACAGGAUCUCCCCAACGCUAUGAAUGCUGCAGAGAUCACAGACAAGCUGGGCCUGCACGCCCUCCGCCAGCGCAACUGGUACAUCCAGGCCACCUGCGCCACCAGCGGCGACGGCCUGUACGAGGGCCUGGACUGGCUCUCCAACCAGCUGAAGAACCAGAAAUGAUCCAUUCCACCAGUUUUGAUUUUCGUUUGUUGUUUAUUUUUUCUGUUUCAACACAGCGGCAGCACCGGAUCCAGGCCCCUUCGCUCCCAUCUAACCCAGUUCCAACCCCAGCUCUUUCUUUCAAGAACUUCCUUCAUUCCCCCCCUCCUGCUUUCUCCCCUCGUCAGUACUCUUGGGGCUCUAGCCUGUGCUGCUUGUGUGUGUGCGUGUGGGCGUGCAUGAGCGUGUGUGCGUGUGCGUGCGUGUACCUUGUGUGUUCAGCGAGUGCGUGGGUGUGAAGGCGUCUCUGUGUGUGUUGGCUGGGAUUGGGAGCAACCCUGGCGUGCCUUUUACACACCUCCUGUGGAAUCAGCAGUCUGGUUUUCAAGCCCCUUUCUCCAUCCACCAAGCUCCGCCUCUGCCCCACUCAGCCUGCCCCCACUCCAAGUCUUGCACGGCCCCCUUCUCCCCACCCUUACUCUCCAGAGGAAGCAUGGUUUUCAUACGGCAAAGAAAGAGCAAGGGUGCAAGCCCCCCCCCCCGCAGUAUAUAUCUAUGUUACCUAGAAAUGUUCACCUGAUGUAGACUGAAUGCUAAAUGUUCAUUUUAACCUCUUUUUAAUUUUGAAACCUCAAACCCACCAGUAAGAGAUUCAGUAAAUUGCAUCUUAACCUGUAUCAGGUCGAAGCAAAUCAAAAACAGAAAAGGAAAAAAAAAAAUCGCCCAUCCUCGAUCAUUCUGGUGUCAUUUGAAAAUCAUGCUGUUUGUUUUAUUAUUAUUAUGUUGGAAUAUAACAUAUUAUUUUAGCAAUGGUUCUCCAGUGAACACUACCUUUCUCCCCACUAAGUGAGACCGUGAAGCACAAGGCAAGCCAACAAUCUUAAAAUUCAAUCUGCUUUAAAAUUAGAGUCUGCGAGUAUUAUGCAAUUCUUGUCUUUUCCGAUUGUUUUGGUAUCUGGCGUUUAAUUCCCUGGAUUAAAUUAGAUUUUGGAGAUGACCUUCAGUACAACGAGUCAUUCUGACAGUGUUCCUACUUCACGCAGGUGAAAACAGUUCACAGCCUUCAGCGGUUAACAGACCGGUUCCUGAUGUAUUCACACGCUUCACAGGUUGUUCUUUUAAGAUGUUACAUGUUUUAUUUUUUUCUGUAACUAGUUUUAGCACUUCUAUUUGUACUUUGACUGCUGAACCAAAUGCAUUUUAGCAGUAUGACAAAUCCUGUAUAUGAAAGUAGUGUAUCCUCGAGGGCCUGAACUGAUUUAACUUUUGGCUGAAGAGGUUUUUUCUCACCAAUGGUUGGCAGUUUUAUUUUGAAGUAUGAAAGCAUCCAGUGGUCUAAUUUCGUGCUUGGGAUGAAGGAUUGGCACCAAAUAUGAAGGCUCUUUGACUGUGAACGGUCCAGACAUGAAGACGGGAAACCUAGUUGAGGCUACUACACAUCACAGCGCCGCAUACUUCACGACCGGAAAGACCAACACAACAAGCAGUCUGUCGGGAGCUCGUCAGGAGCUGGAGGACUCGGUGUAGACCUGUUGAGGAGAACGGGCGUGCGGGUAACUGGUCUAGGUUUAGCAGGCGUUCUCAGUGUUGAACCGAGGGGUCAAGCUGGCACUUCUGUCAAGAAUGAUUGUAAAUCUGUAAGUUCCCCUGUAAACUGUUUCCGUGGGGAUUUCCUGAACACAUAAAUAAACAUGAUUUGAUCCAACA